UGAGUUUUUUUGCAUAAUUAGUAUAUAUAUAUUAGUUUAUAAUAGACUUCCGGACAGUACAGUCGUGUGUAAAAUGAAGUCAACUUUUGAGGUGUGCUUGCUGGUGUGGGGAUGUCUAGGACUGAGUACCAAUUUCCAGAGCGCAAUUGGAACUUCGACAGAUAAAGAACCCGUGGAUUGUUACACUAAGAAGGGAGUGGGUCAAUGUGUGGAAUCUUCGAAAUGCAAUCAAGUGGACUUGGAAAAAUAUGACGUUUAUAGAACUUUGCCCUGCCAUGACGGGAAGAUAUGCUGUCCCCUGAACAAAACACUAACGACGACGCUGGCACCACCAGUAACCAAAAGCAAUGGUUGUGGGUAUAGCACCUCAUUACCAUUCGUCGUCCCGAAGAAGUCCACCCAUGCUGACUUCGGAGAGUAUCCUUGGAUGGUGGCAUUACUAAGCAAAAAUCAAUCUACACCAGAUUGGAGACAAAGAGACUAUUUGGGUGGUGGUUCGAUGAUUCACAAAUCGGUUGUGAUAACUGCAGCACAUAAAGUUCAUUCGCUGAAUGCAAGUCAGGUAAAGUGUCGUGCUGGUGAAUGGGAUACGAAAACUUCUAACGAGGCGUACCCACACCAGGAACGUGAUGUUAAGACUAUAGUGAUACAUUCAAAUUAUGACAGAAAUCAGUUGAAAAACAACGUGGCAUUGAUAAUAAUGCAAACGCCAUUCGAUCUGACCGUACCUCACAUUGGUACCGCGUGUUUGGAAAGCACAAUGCCCCCACCUGGGACCGAAUGCCUCAGCAUGGCGUGGGGCCACAAGGAUUUUAAAAAGGACGAGCCUGCUGUCAUUUUGAAAAAAAUAUCUUCACCUCUAUUGGACAAGUCUGUGUGUGAAAAUGCCUUCCGACCUAUUUUAGGAUCUGCGUAUAAUAUGGACGACUCCAUGACAUGCUCAGGACAAGUUAUUGGUUUGAGUAAUUGUAUGGGAGAUGGUGGAUCCCCACUUAUAUGCCAUAUACCCUCAUCCAAAGGUACUCGGUACUCUGUGGUGGGAUUGGUCGUUUUGGGACACAGAUGUGGUGCUAAUUGUAUACCGAUCGCCUUCACGAAGAUACCACAUGUGUACAACUGGAUCGACGAUACUAUGAAGACAUACAAUUAUGAUACUACUUCCUUCAAAUACUAAACUAAAAUAUAUGUUUA